ACGCAAAGAGAAUCUCCUCGAAUCAAACCGGCUACCGGUGCUGAAAAGUCUUGGCGACGAUUGCCGGACGAUAAUGAUGAAACCCUGAAUGAGGCUGAUGGAGACGAAUGGCGCCAGUCGACGAACACUGGUGUGGAUGAUGAAGAUGAAUUUAUGGAUGCGGCCGAAUCGAUUGAGACCAUGUCCGAUAUAUAUGAUCGCAACGUUCAGAUCGUUCCGGUGGAUGAUGCGUAUGAGAAUGUCAGUGACAUCGAAAAAGAGGAGGCCCUAACAGAGCUUGGCAUCAUGCUAAACUCAACGUUGGCCAGCGAAUAUGAGGGCGCCAAUGUUGCACGCCUAAAUGCUCAUUUCUGGCAAGUUACCUUUCUAUUCUAA